AUGACUAGCAUUCUCGCUCCAGGCGACUUCGCGGGCCUCAAGGGCAGGUCAAUCCUGGUCACUGGCGGCGCAUCUGGCCUGGGACUGGAAACAGUCCAGCUACUCGUCUCAAACGGUGCAUAUGUGACCAUCGCAGAUGUACAGCCUCCGCUCGACGACCUCACCAAAGAAGACCGACAAGUCCAGUACGUCCACUGCGACGUCAGCGACUGGGCAAACCAAGUUGCCGCAUUCAAGGCGGCGAUCGACUUUUCACCGACCAAAAGCCUCGACGCGGUCGCAACCUUCGCCGCCGUCGAUCCGCUGGAGAACCUCAUCGACCAAGUGAAGGCCGUCAAGGACGUAUCACUCGACAUUGACCCUGCACCUCCGACUCUCAGAACAAUCGACAUCAACCUGAGGGGUUCCUACUAUUCAGCGACGCUCGCGUUGCACUACUUCCGCCUCGAGCCUCAAAGUCCAGCCUCCUCAAAUCCACAGACAAAGGUGCUCGUAUUCGUCUCCUCGCUGGCGGGGUACCUAGAUGACGACCACAACAUUGCUUAUACGACCUCGAAAUUCGGCACGAGAGGUCUAUUCCGCGCCCUACGACGCCGCACGAACGCGGACUUCAGUCCUGGCGUUCGAGUCAAUCUGAUAGCACCAUGGGCGAUCAGGACGCCUAUGACGGAGCCGCUCCUCAAGGUCAUGGCCGAGUCAGCCGGACCCGUGCAGGGGAUCACGUUCGCGAAGAAGGAGACGUGCGCCGAGGCCGUCGGGACAUGUGUGGUCGACGAGUCGAUCCAUGGACGCGCCUUUGCCAUCAUGCCAGAAGGGGCGUUUGACAUCAAGGACGAUAUCACCGGCGGGUACGGUGGGGAGGAGUUAAAGGUCCUGAUGAGCUGGAGAAAAGCCGCUGGUGAUUUCCUGCAGGGUUGA